AUGAAGCUCAGGCAAUCAUCUCCUCGAAUAGAGGAUCAGGGUAUCGUCGGCCUCCAGAAUGAUACAAUUCAGCUAGUGGAGCGGCUGCUGAGAAAGGACCAAAGGCGAACUGUGGUUUCAAUUGUGGGAAUGGGAGGGAUAGGCAAAACUACUCUUGCCAAGAAAGUCUAUAACGAUAGAAGAGUGGUGAAUCAUUUUCAGUAUUGUCGAGCUUGGGUAUAUGUGUCUCUAGACUGUAAACCCAGAGACAUUUUUCAGAGAAUUAUAAACCAAAUUUCUUUGUCAAGUGAAUGUGAGGCGGAGAGGACCGAGAAAUUGCAAGAGGAUGAGCUGCGGGAUUUCCUCCAUGACUAUCUGAAGGAGAAAAGAUACUUCGUAGUUUUUGAUGAUUUAUGGAAGAGUGAAGAUUGGAAAUAUGUUCCAAAUGCGUUUCCUAGGGAGAGAAAUGGCAGCAGGUUACUUCUCACAACUCGAAAUAAGGAUGUUGCUCUGCAUGCUGAUCCCCUAAGUGUUCAGCAUACAAUUCAACUUCUUUCUGCAAACGAGAGCUGGAGGCUGUUUUGUAGGACUGCAUUCCCAGGAGAUGACCCUGAGAGUUGUCCUCCAGAGUUAAGUGGAUGCUAUUCUUCUUGA